AUGGCGACCGCGUGGAGCCUUUCUUCGUCGUCGUCGUCGACGCUUCGCAGCGCGGCGUAUUCCGGCCUUCGCUGCUCCACUCGAGCGACGACAUCCCCUGCUGCCGCCCGGUUCCCGGCUUCCGCGUCUCGCGGCGUGGUUUGCGCUGCACGGAAGCGGCGAUCGCCGUCCAAUUCGCGUGUUGCGCCCGAGGGAUCGUCGGCGCUCGAAGUGGCGGAUCAGGCGGAGCAGCAAGCGCAGCUUGCGGAACAGCAAGCGGAACAGCAUGCGGAUCAUGUUGAGCAGCAAGAGCAGGAUCAGGCAGAGAUCGUUGCUGAUCUCGCCGGAAACGACGGAGCGAAUGUCUUCGCUUCAGAGGACAUGGACAUUCAUCUGCACCUGCUGCAAAGCGACAUGGAGGUGGACUCAGUGGUGGCGGCGGACAUGAAGGAGAACGGGUCGCGCAGCACGAGGCGCACGAAGCUCAUCUGCACCGUGGGGCCGGCGAGCUGCUCCUUCAAGCAGCUGGAGGCACUGGCGUCGGGAGGCAUGAACGUGGCCCGCCUCAACAUGUGCCACGGCACCCAUGAGUGGCACCGGGACGUGGUGGACAAGGUGCGGCGGCUGAACGCAGAGAAGGGGUAUUCCAUUGCCAUCAUGAUGGAUACGGAGGGUAGUGAGAUCCACUUGGGUGAUUUACCCGGAGACUCGUCUGUGAAGGCCGAGGACGGUGACCUAUGGACCUUCACAGUGCGCCAGUUCCCGGGGCCCCUGCCGCCCCAGACAGUGCAGGUCAACUAUGAUGGCUUCGUGGACGACAUCAUGGUUGGAGACGAAGUAGUAGCGGACGGGGGCAUGGUGCGAUUCCAGGUGCUCAGGAAGAUCGGCCCUGAUGUCACAGUGAGGGUCAUCGACGCGGGGCUCAUCCUGCCGCGUGCCAACGUCACCUUCUUCCGCGAUGGCAAGCUUGUUCGGGGAAGGAACUCCAUGCUGCCUACAAUCUCCUCCAAGGAUUGGAUCGACAUUGACUUUGGCAUCUCCAUGGGCUACAUCAACGCCCGCUCGCCCAACCGGUACAUUGGGCUCAUCUCAAAGAUCGAGAGCUGCGAGUCCAUUGCUCGUCUGGAGGAGAUCAUUGCUGUCUCUGAUGGCGCCAUGGUCGCUAGAGGCGACCUGGGGGCACAGAUUCCCCUGGAAGAGGUGCCAUCGGUGCAGCAGGACAUAGUACAGAUCUGCCGCGAUCUCAACAAGCCAGUCAUUGUGGCAUCGCAGCUGCUGGAGUCCAUGAUUGAGUUCCCCACGCCCACGCGCGCUGAGGUGGCCGAUACAGCAGAGGCGGUGAGGCAGAGAGCAGACGCCCUCAUGCUGUCCGGCGAGUCAGCCAUUGGGCAGUUCCCAGAGAAGGCGCUGGCAGUGCUGCGCACCGUGGCCACCAGGAUAGAGGGGUUCGGACGGGCAGAGCAGGGCAGCGAGCAGGAGGCGGACAUUGCUCUGCUGCCGGAGCUGUCAGACGUGCUGUCGGAGCGUAUCUCGGAGCAGAUCUGCGCCGCUGCUGCUCGCAUGGCCGCGAAGCUUAAGGUGGAUGCAAUAUUCGUCUACACCCACCGUGGCUACAUGGCAUCGCUGCUCUCGCGCUGCCGCCCCGACUGCCCCAUCUUCGCAUUCACCUCCUCACAGGGAGUGCGGCAGCAGCUGAACCUAUCGUGGGGCCUCAUCCCCUUCCGCCUGGACUUUUCAGACGACAUGGAGUCCAACAUCCAGCGCACCUUCAAUCUACUCAAGGCACGGGGCAUGAUGAAGUCGGGAGACCUCGUGAUCACAGUCUCAGACAUCAUUGGCAGCGACACCACCUUCGACGGAGGGCUGCAGUCCAUGCAGAUCCGGAAUGUGCCGUGA